UAUUUAAUUUAUAUUAUCUAUAAUUCUAAUGGAUCAUCUAUUGUUUAAAUUCAGUUAUUGAUAGCCAAUAAAAAAUUCUGGUAGUUCCAAAAUUUAAAUGAUAAGAUUAUAGAUUAAAUGUAACAUGACUUUAUAAAAAUAGGCCCAUUAGGUCCAUUUAGAAAAAAAACACAUAUGAAUCAAGGUUGUGACUUUUGUUUUAAUAUAUAAGAUGCAAACACUAUAAAACAUGAAAGCACAGAAAUAGAUAUUAAAUAACUAAUAAAAUUAACAUGUGUUAUAUUCGGACCAACAUAUGCUUAUUCUAAAUUAAAAAUAUAUGUUAGAACCAAGAAAUAAAACAACUCAUGUAUCCUACCUACAAAUGAAUUAAUAUUUCUCAACUGAAAUGAAGAUUUAUUAUCCUACUAUAUAAAAGGGACUAUUUUGGAGGCUUCCAAGGUGUGCUACAUGGACAAAAAAUAUACCAUGUUAUCCUAGACUGGGCUUCAGCCCAAAAAUCAGAAAAAGUCACGUACUAGCCCAGCCUCUUACGUAUUAUGUCCAAAAUAAAUAUCAUCUCCUCCGUAACCUUAAGCGAAACACAAUCAGCCUCCCCUGUAUCGAUGUCUCGAUGCCGACAUCGAUUCCCUUCCUCUUCCCCAUCGCCUCCCGCAUAACGCCUCCAUUCAAGAUGGAACUUCAAUCAUCAGGUUGCACGGGUACGCUGACUUAGUGCCGUCUCACGUAUCGGGUUCGGCGCGGGGACGGGUACGGCACGGGUACGGACGGAGAGGACUCAAAUGGGGACGGUUUGGUUAGUCGACUGAGACGUCUCGGAAACAUUUCUAAGCCAUGUUCAUGAUUUUUUUUGCUUGAAAUAUGAUUAAGAAAUGUUUAGAUUUAUCUUUUACAUGUUAAAAGAAAUUAAAAUGAGAUGAUGGAACCAUAGAAAUCAAGUAAGAAAAGUUGAUAAAAAAAAGAAGAAAUCAAGUAAGAAAAAUUAUGGCGGCCAUAGAUUAAGUUUCAGAUCGUGUAGAGAAGAUGAAGGGUAAAUGUCAAUGACCAUUUUGACCUUCAUUUAUAUGAACAAAAGAAGUCGAACCCAAAAAUUAUAGUCUGCAGUUGUUUUUUGAAAUUUUCUCAGAAACAAUAUUUAACCAUCUGAAUUUGUUUAUACUAAUACUAUAGAUUUUCUAUUACUUUUAUGUUUAGCUUAGGACAAUUGACACACACAUAUAUAUAUGUUUGAUUGUUUAUUUUUGUAUUGGUCAUAUAACUAUUAUUAGUUUAUUAUAUUGUUUUCUAACUGUUUUAAAAACUGUUUAAAUCUUAUGUGGGAGGUUUCAAUUUGUUGAUGUAUAGGUAUUUUAUAUAUAUAUAUAUAUAUGCCGUACCCGUAUCUAUGAAUUUUAAGUUUUACGUUUUCCGUCCCCGUUCCCGUCCCUGGAUUGCUUAGUCGUCUGCCAUAAAUCCUCUAAUCAAGAUGACUAUUGACCCUCCAUAUCUCUCCUCCGGCUUGAUGAUAUCUAUCUCUUUGUGUUCUCUUCUUCUCAGACUAUUUAUACAUCCUUCCACAUCACUCUUUCCUCAGAUCGAAAAAAUCUAUACCUUCAUCAUGGCCAAACAAACCGCAAUCCUCACCGGCGAAGCUUCUUCCCCUCUCCUCUUCCGACAUGUUUUACCAGGGCCAGGAGAUUCCACCAUGCAGUUUAGGCUUCUUCAUCACUGGGAAGCUCGCAAGAAUGUGAAAGGAGGACCUGGCAUCCUUCUUGGGAUUGAGAUGCUUAUGAUCGACGAAGAGGUAUAUUAGCGUCGCUUUGGAAAAAAAAACUUACUUUAUUUGUUUUAGCGGAGAAGAGUGCUGUGAUAGAGAUUGGAUUAAAAAGCUUAACUUUGAAAAAACCCUUGCUUUAUUUCUUUGUGCGAUUCUGUGAUAGAGAUUGGAUUAAAACGAGAAUUGAGAGGUUUUUUUAUUGCCUUAUAAAAAACACUUGAUAUAUAUUUGUUUGAGCGGUUAGAGUGAUGUGAUAGAGAUUGUAUUAAAAAGCGUAACUUUGAAAUAAACAUUUGCUUUAUUUGUUUGAGCGGAUCAGAGUGCUGUGAUAGAGAUUGAAGUGUUUCAAGAAUUGAAAAGUUUGUUUUAACUAAAACUCUACGUUCAGAUACUUUAUUGUCUUAGUAGUGAUCUAUUAACUCUUGCUUUGUUUGUUUGAGCGGAUUAGAAUGUUGUGAUAGAGAUUGGAUUAAAACGAGAAUUGAAAAGUUUGUUUUAAUUAAAACUCUACGUUCAGAUACUUUGUUGGCUUAGUAGUGAUCUAUGAUAGUAGUGAUUUUGAGAGAAACAUUAUUUUGGUUUGAGAGGAUUACUCGAGGGUGCUGCGAUAGAACUGAAAAGUUUGUUUUGUAACGGUAUAUCUUUCUAUUGUAACGCUUAUAAGUAACAAAAAAAUAUUAUCCCUCUGUUAUGUAGGGUACUUUAGCUCAGGGGUUCAUCGGUCAGAACCGGCGCAACAAAUAUGAGAAAAAUCUCGAGCGUGGGAGCAUCUACACACUGACAAACUUCUAUGCAUCCAACAGCAAGGUGAUGUACCAUGUUGCUGAUCAGAAGCUGGUAAUUUGCAUUUCACACGCCUCUGUCCUGAAGAAAGUUGAAGAAAACAUUGAAGGCAUUUUGACUGAGCGCUUCAGAAUCCAUUCCUUUUCACAUUUUGAAGCCAGCUGCGAUCUCAGAGGGAAUCUUCACGGUAAGGAUUAGAUGAUUUCUUAUCAAGUUCAAACUUAUACAACAUCCCGAACUUAUUAACCAUCUGUUUGUUUUAUAAAUUUAAACCCGUAUAGCUUAUUAAUACAUUGUUUCUAACCGUUUGACUGUGUGUUGUAGAUUUUGUUGGCCACCUUAAGCUGGUUGAUGGCCAGCCUCUCCAUGAGCAUCCGAUUUUGACUUACUUUAGUUUAAAAAAAAAAAAACAGAUGACGCGCUUCCACCGUCUUCACAUUCUAAAAAACAAAACUUCUCAAAAACAAAAAAACUCCCAAUUUUAAUUUACUGGUACUUUAAUUAAACAUCUAAUCCGCGCGAAGCGCGGACACCGGCUCUAGUUAAUAUAACGAUAAUACUCUAAAGUCUCAUGCAUAUAUAUAAGUACAAAAUAAUUAACUCAUUCAUUUUUGGAAGUUCAUGAACACAUCAAUAUUUACAAUAACUAAUUUUUUUUUUAAAUUCUAAAUAAUUGUAUGCUUUAGAUUUAAUGAAUGGUAAAUUGAAAUUUAUUUUAAAUAAUCUUAAAAUGAGAAUUCCGAUUUGCUUUGGUAUCUUGAUUAUAUAUUAAGUUCUAGAAACAUAAAAAUUUAAAAUAAAAUUAUAUUGAGAAAAUAUAUAAUUUUAAUAAUAAUAAUAAUAAAAUAUAUCUCCCUCGUUAAAGUAUAUAGUGUUUUGCUAUUUUAAAAUAUUAUGUAAUUAUUUGAUUUUCUUUGGUAUUCACAUUAUAUACAAAUAUAUAUUUUUCAUGUAAGAAAAUAUAGAUAUAAAAAAACUAUUUUAUUACUUCAAAAUUAUAUUUUAUGUUAUUUAUAAAUAUUUUAAAUGGAAUUUACUACUUUCUGAACUUUCCUUUUUAAUGAAAUCAUAAUAUAUAUACAUAUAUUUUCGUUUCUAAAUUUGCUUUUUAAACUUUAUAAAUAUUUACUUUUUAUUAUAUAUGUUAUUUGGAAAAUUAUAAAAAGGAAACUAAAUUAAAAGUAAAUAAUAGUAUUUAAAUGUAAUAUUUUUAAUUCAUUAAGGGUAUCAGUGUAAUCAACCAUCAUGAGACUUAACAUGAACGCGACACAUAGGAAACUAAUGGUAAAUUGAAAUUUAUUUUAAAUAAUCUUAAAAUGAGAAUUCUGAUUUGCUUUGGUAUCUUGAUUAUAUAUUAAGUUCUAGAAACAUAAAAAUUUAAAAGAAAAUUAUAUUGAGAAAAUAUAUAAUUUUAAUAAUAAUAAAAUACAAUAUAUCUCCCUCGUUAAAGUAUAUAGUGUUAUGCUAUUUUAAAAUAUUAUGUAAUUAUUUGAUUUUCUUUGGUAUUCACAUUAUAUACAAAUAUAUUUUUCAUAUAAGAAAAUAUAGAUAUAAAGAAACUAUUUUAUUACUUCAAAAUUAUAUUUUAUGUUAUUUAUAAAUAUUGUUAAAUGGAAUCUUACUAUUUUCUGAACUUUCCUUUUUAAUGAAAUCAUAAUAUAUAUACAUAUAUUUUCGUUUUUAAAUUUGCUUUUUAAACUUUAUAAAUAUUUACUUUUUAUUAUAUAUGUUAUUUGGAAAAUUAUAAAAAGAAAACUAAAUUAAAAGUAAAUAAUAGUAUUUAAAUGUAAUAUUUUUAAUUCAUAAAGGGUAUCAGUGUAAUCAACCAUCAUGAAACUUAACGUGAACGCGACACGUAAGAAACUGAAUUCUCAAAUAAUAUUAUCUCUCUCUCAUAUAAGUUUCAACAAACUCAACGGUGCUUUUUUUCAAAAAAAAAAAACUCAACGGUACUUCUUAGGUAAUGCCAAAUAGUUGAAAAACUUAUUUAUCUUGAUUCUUGAACAGGCUGCAACAUACACGCGGCUAUAUGUCUCUUCCAGGUGCAUUCUCAUGUGACCCUGACUUGCUCGGUUGGUUACAGAGAGACUACCCUGAAAUUAGUGAGUUAAAUAUAGCAGUGGGUCGGUUUAUUUAAUUCACUCGAUACUGUUUUCAAGUAUAAAGAUCUUUUUUCAUAACACUCAAAACAAAAAAUGGAUGCUUGGGUACUCAAGUUUCUGCUGCCACAACUUCUGAUUGUGUUGAUUAUUCAGCUUGCUGAUGCAAGCUCUGUCAUCAAAUAUCUUCCUGGCUUUGAGGGCCCUCUGCCUUUUGAGCUUGAAACCGGUUACAUUGGUGUCGGUGAGGCAGAGGAAGAUCAAAUGUUCUAUUACUUCAUCAAAUCUGAGAGGAACCCUGAAGAAGACCCUCUUCUUGUCUGGUUAAGUGGAGGACCUGGCUGCUCUUCUCUCACUGGCCUUUUUUAUGAGAAUGGGCCUCUGGCUUUCAAUGUUGAGCCCUACAAUGGAAGUAUCCCUUCUUUGGUCUCUACUACAUAUUCAUGGACUAAGGUUGCAAAUAUAAUAUAUUUGGACCAGCCUGUUGGGACUGGCUUCUCCUACACAAGAAACCCAUUUUCUGAUAGAACAAGUGACACAAGAGCAGCUAAGCGGGUCAAUGAGUUUCUUCGUCAGUGGCUAGACAACCAUCCUGAAUAUUUCUCCAAUCCUUUUUAUGUAACCGGAAACUCUUAUUCCGGUAAGGUGGUUCCAGCCAUCGUUCAAGAAAUCUCAAAUGGAAAUUAUAUAUGUUGCAAACCUCAAAUAAAUCUUCAGGGGUAUGUGAUUGGAAACCCGAUAACAAACUUUGAUUUUGAUAAUAACACUCGCGUUCCAUUUGCUCAUGGAAUGGCACUCAUAUCUGAUGAACUCUUUGAGUCGAUGAAGAGAAGCUGUGGAGGAGACUAUUUUCAUGUGGAUCCUCUUAACACUGAAUGCUUGAAACUCGUUAACGACUACAAGAAGUCUGUCUCUAGAGUACAUGAAGCAAAUGUUCUACAAUCAAACUGUGACAAAACAUCUCCUGAUUGCUAUAUGUAUCGGUAUUCACUAUCCGAAUACUGGGCUAAUAGCGACAGUGUACGCACCGCACUUACAGUGGCGAAGGGGACUAAAGGAAAAUGGGAGCAAUGUAACUGGAGCUUGAAUUGCAAGCAAGACAUUCAAAGCAGCAUACCAUACCAUAUGAAUAACAGCAUCAAAGGCUAUCGAUCUCUCAUCCUCAGUGGUGAUCACGAUAUGACAAUCCCUUUCAUUGGAACUCAAGAGUGGAUAAGGUCUCUAAACUUUUCCAUUAUUGAGAAAUGGAGGCCAUGGAUGAUACAAGAUAAAGUCGCUGGAUAUACCCAAACUUAUGCUAAUAAGAUGACAUAUGCCACUGUGAAAGGUGGCGGGCACACGCCAGAGUAUAAACCAGUGGAGAGCUUCAUCUUGUUCGAGAGGUGGAUAAGUGGACAAACUCUCUAAACCUAGAAACCUUGAUCUUGGAGUUAAUUAUUAUCUGUUUAAUUGAAGCCAAAAGUGCUUUGUUUCCGAAUGCAUAGAGAGACGCAUUAUGUUAUUGUUGUAUUGACUAAUGUUUUUUCUUGUUUUGGACCGUUUAUUCAGUUUGCUAUGAACUUGAUCGUACGUUGA